UAAAGAAAAAACUCUAAUUGUCACCAUGCCUGAAACCUUCUCAAAACUACUACCCUGCACUUUCUUCUUCCUCUUUACUCUGCUCUUCCUCUCAAUCAAUCUUGCCUCUGCAAAAUCUAAUGGCUUCUCGAACGUUUUGUCUCCCAAAAAGCUUGGCCUCGAGCGAGAGAAGCUCGGCCACCUUCACUUCUACUUCCACGACAUAGUCAGCGGGCGCAAUCCCACAGCUAUCCGAGUCGCCAGCGCCGCCAUGACCAACAAAUCCGAGACCAUCUUCGGUGCUGUCGUGAUGGUUGAUGACCCUUUGACGGAGGCACCCGAGCGGAACUCCAAGCUUGUGGGAAAAGCGCAAGGGAUUUACACAUCCGCAGCUCAAGACGAAGUUGGUUUAUUAAUGGUGAUGAACUUGGCCUUCAUGGAAGGCAAAUAUAACGGCAGUUCCCUUAGUCUUUUGGGGUGCAACUGCGUGUUUUCGACGGUGAGGGAGAUGGAGAUGCCUAUCGUCGGCGGUAGCGGCCUUUUCCGGUUUGUCCGUGGAUAUGCUCAGACUAAGACUCAUACAUUCGAUCUUAAAACUGGGUACGCUGUGGUGGAGUACAACAUCUAUGUCUUCCAUUAUUGACGUGAUGAAUGGCUUUAGAUUUUAUGGUCUAUUUUCCUUCGUUUGUAUUCUUCUUUUGGCUUUUAUUAAUCUGCUUUGGACCACUUUUAUGUUUAUUGAUUUUCCAAUAAACUCAUCGCAUUAUUAC